AUGGCAGGAAGUGUAUUACCCGCUUGGGUUCCGGAGAUGUUAGAGAAGGGUGAAACUUUGGAGACAUGUUUAGAAAUGUUGAAAAACAUGCAGUCUACUGAGAGAGAAGCUAGGAUGGAAGAGAGAGAGAUGAGAAAGAUAGAGAUGGAAAAAGAGGUACGUUUAAAAGAGUUAGAGCUUAGAGAGAAAGAAAUGGCUCAAGGUGUUGCACCACCACAGACACAUUCAAGUUUGAAGUCGAAACUUCCUAAAUUUAAGGAAGGUGAAGACCCAGAUGUAUUUUUAAGGUCCUUUGAGAAAUUGGUGGUUUUGCAUAAAAUACCCAAGUCUGAGUGGGCCCUUAGAUUAGUCCCUUUACUUUGUGGGAAAGCUUUAGAGGCAUUUUCUAGAUUGUCUGAAGAGGACAGUAAAAAUUAUGAUAAAAUUAAAUCUGCUAUUUUAUGUAGAUACGAGCUUACUGCCGAGGCAUACAGGGAGAAGUUCAGAAGUGAACGCCAGUCUUCGGAUGAGUCAUUUAAGGAAUUUUCAGUCAGACUAGUAGGUUUUCUUAGACAUUGGUUGGAGCGUGAGUUGAUAGGCACUGAUUUUGAUAGAUUUGUUGAUUUAGUUACUAGAGAACAGUUAAUGGUAAGUUGUAAUAAAGAGCUCAAACUUUGGAUCAAGGAACAGAAACCGAAAACAAUUGAUGAGUUGGUAGACAAAGCUGAGGCUUUUCAGCAAGCACAUAAAGAUGAACAGGUAAGUUCUAAAUCAGUUGGGAGAAUUGACACCGACCAAUCUAAACAACAAGGUAGAUAUAACCAAUCAAAAGGAAGACAACCUGACACUAGGACUUGUUUUAUUUGUAAGAACAUUGGUCAUAUAGCUACGCACUGUCCUACAAGGACGAACCGGUCAAAGGAGGAUAAUUUUAAGCCAGGUAAGUUUGGUUUGUGCAUACAGAGUAGACAGGAGUAUAGAGUAGAUGAUUAUAUUAGUGGUGUGACUGUUAAGUUGCCUGGUGUUUCAUGUAAUGGCGACAAGGUACAGGUACAUGGACUUGAUAUAGUAGAAGGUAAGAUCGAUAGUGAUAAAAUCUCAGUUUUGAGAGAUACAGGUUGUUCUACUGUAUUUGUUCAUAGUAGGUUUACUAACCCAGAUUGUCUUACAGGUCAGACUAGAGACAUAUGUUUAGCAGAUGGUUCAGUGAAGCAGUGUCCAGAAGUAUGUAUUAAUAUUUCUACUCCUUAUAUUUCAGGUGAUAUUAUUGCAUUGAUCUUAGAUACACCGUUUGCAGAUCUGAUUGUUGGAAACUAUGUGAACACAUCAGUACCACAUAGUGUCGAUGGUUUAUCAGUGACUAGUGGAGAAGAUAUUUUUGUUUCAGGUGACUCAGUCCCAUGUCAUGCAGUUGAGACUCGAUCUCGAAAGAAGAAGCAGGAUGAAGCAGAUAUUAUGAUUGAUCAGACGAAUGUUCAGCGUAGUAGCGAUAUACCUAUAUCUCAUUCUAUAGAUUUUUCAGACGUAUGCCAUGAUUUUAAGAUUUGUGAUAGGAAGCAGUUGAUUGAGUUACAGAAGACAGAUGAGACUUUGGAUAAGGUAAAAUCUUAUGUAAGUGAUGUGCAUGAUAACCCAGCAUCUUAUUUUAUAUAUAAUUCAGAUUUACUAUAUAGAGUGUAUACUAAGCCAAGUGGUGAAGUUAUUCAGCAAAUUGUAUUACCAAGCAAGUUGAGAGGAACAGUUCUUUCGUUGGGACAUGAUAUUCCGUUGGCAGGUCACCUUGGGAAUAAGAAAACAAGAGACAGAAUCAUGCAGCACUUUUUCUGGCCAGGUAUAUUUAAUGAUAUUGCCGAAUACUGUAGGUCUUGUCCAGAUUGUCAGAUAGGUACAUCGAAGGGUAGAGUACCACGUGCUCCAUUGAUUAGCAUACCACCUAUGGAUGAGCCAUUUCAGCGCAUUGCUAUUGAUUUUGUUGGCCCUUUGCCUAUGACUGAUGAUAAAAACCGUUAUGUACUUGUUUGCGUCGAUUAUUCCACUAAAUAUCCAGAAGCAAUUCCUUUAAAAGACCAAGAAGCUUCUACAGUCGCUAAUGCUCUUAUAAGUUUAUUUUCUAGAGUUGGCAUACCCAGGGAGCUGUUGACAGACCAAGGCAGUAACUUUAUGUCAGAGCUGAUGGUUGAGGUAUGUAGACUAUUAAAGAUAAGUAAGUUACGCACUAGUCCUUAUCAUGCUAUGUGUAAUGGACUCUGUGAAAAGUUUAACGGUGUACUGAAGAAAAUGUUGAAGGCAUAUGCACGACAGACACCAAAAAUAUGGGAUGCAUAUAUCCCCUACUUAUUAUUUGCAUAUCGGGAGGUACCAAAUGAGAGUACUGGUUUCUCACCGUUUGAAUUGUUAUAUGGCAGGCACAUUAGAGGACCUCUAGCAGUACUUAAAGAAGAGUGGGAAGAGCCUAGUACAUGUCAAAACUCUGUGUUGAGUUAUUUAUUAGACACUAGAGAAAAGUUGAGAACAAUGGCUGAGUACGCCAUUGAAAAUGAAACAAAAGCGAAACAAAGACAGAAGUUUUAUUAUGAUAGAAAAGCUAGAGACAGAAAGAUUGAAGUUGGUCAAAAGGUGCUUAUAUUAUUGCCUACACAUACAUCAAAGCUGUUAGCGAGUUGGAAAGGACCAUUUAUAGUGACUGAUAAAGUUAGUCCUGUUGACUAUAAGGUCAAGGUUAGAGGAAAAGACAAAGUAUUUCAUGUAAAUAUGUUGAAGUUAUGGCAUGAGCGGGUAGAUAAUGAUCUUGAUAAUAAUGUCACAACAGAUAUUGCUGCGUGCUUAAAUGUAAUUUCAGGUCUUAACACAGAUGAAGGCACAGAUGAUAGUGAGAUGACUACAGAUAUAACUCCAGUGUUGAAAAGCAAAGAAAAUGUAGAUGACGUUACGAUCUCACCAGAAUUGACAACUGUCGAAAAACAGCAGCUUAAAGAAUUACUAUCAGAAUAUGAAGACAUCUUUAGUGACGUACCUAAGGUAACAAAUAUUAUAGAACAUAGAGUAGUUACAAAAACAGAUGAACCGAUUUACCAACGUCCGUACCCACUACCAUACGCACUUAGAGAUAAGGUCAGAGAAGAGAUUGACAAUAUGUUAGCUGCAGGUAUAGUUGAGCCGUCUGACAGUCCGUAUGCAGCUCCGAUAGUACUGAUCAAGAAAAAAGACAACACACUUAGAUUUUGUGCCGAUUAUCGUUCCUUGAACAAACAGACUAUCUUUGACCCGAUUUUUAUGCCACGCAUGGAUGAGGUACUGAAUAAAGUCAGCAGAGCACGAUAUAUCAGUAAACUUGAUUUAACUAAGGGCUAUUGGCAGGUACCACUUGAUAAAGACAGCCGACAGAAGAGCGCAUUUAUAACGCCGUUCGGACAUUAUCAGUUUACUGUUACUCCAUUUGGUAUGAUGAACUCAGGUGCUACUUUUGUUCGUAUGAUGGAUAAAGUUCUGGCAGGAUACGAGGAAUUUGCUGACUCGUUCAUUGAUGAUAUUGGUAUAUUUAGCGAUACAUGGGAGUACCAAAUUGAGCAUUUAAGGGCAGUAUUCGAUUCACUGAGACAGGCAAACCUCGUUGCAAAACCGAGUAAGUGUUUAUUUGGCUACGAUGAGCUUGAGUUUUUAGGACAUAUUGCCGGCGGUGGCAAGAUUAAGCCUGUUCAGGACAAGGUAUCUGCUAUACAUGAAUUUCCAGUGCCUGUCACGAAGAAACAGGUGAGAUCAUUUCUCGGUCUGAUAGGUUUCUACAGGAAGUUUAUACCACAGUUCUCCGACAUAUCCGUACCUUUGACUGACCUUACAAAGAAAAACGAACCAAAUAAAGUUGAAUGGUCAGACACAACACAAAAAUCUUUUGACAAGCUUAAAGAAUGUAUUUGUAGUGAUUCUGUAUUACGGAGUCCAGAUUUUUCUAAAAAGUUUAUUUUGCAGACUGAUGCGUCCGGUAAGGGUCUAGGUGCUGUACUAGAGCAAGAAUUUGAUGACGGAAGGCGUCCAAUUAUGUUUAUCAGCAAGAAACUCUCUGGAGCGGAAUGCAACUACGCAGUGGUAGAAAAGGAGUGCUUUGCCAUAGUGUGGGCGGUUAAAACUUUGAGAAACUAUCUAGAGGGUAAAGAGUUUGCUAUUUAUACUGAUCAUGCUCCUUUACAGUGGUUACAGAGGAUGAAAACCAGUAACCAACGGUUACUCCGUUGGAGUUUGAUACUUCAGGAAUUUAAUUAUACAGUUUUUUACAUUGCAGGCAAGACAAACAUUGUUGCAGAUGUUUUGUCUAGAUGUGGCGAUAUUUAG